AUGCGUGGAGCGACGCGCCUGCAGAGCUCCGUCCGAACCUCGCUCUCUUCGCGGCAGCAUGACGACGGCAAGGCCUCGGGCGGGCCCUCUGCGGCCUCUGCGGGGACUUCCUCGAAACAGCCCGCUUCGCCCUCUUCUCUCUCAAGUCGCUCCGCCGGCAGCGCCGCGCAGUCCUGGACUCCAAGCGGCAAGGCGGGGUCCAAAGGCCCCACCCCCACUCUCCCUCUCGCCGUCUCUGCCUCCGCCUCUGUCUCUUCUGUCUCCUCGCUCUCAGCUGUCCCCUCUGUCCCAGCCACGCUGCCGCCCCCUCAGCGCCAGCUGCGCACGCGCCCCGUCGACGCCACCAAGCGCCUUUUCGUGAUUCGCCGCUACGAGGACUUGGAGCAACUUGCGGAGGAAGAAGGCGUCCGACUCGAUCCGAUUCAACUGGGCUUUCUCUCACCGACGGAGUUCGUGGAGGAAGACGUCGCGGGCGGUGUGGGCGGCGCGGCAGGAGCUGCGGCGAAGAAGCGGAAGCAGAAGAUGAUUGUCGUACCUCCGAUAAAAAUCGAGGAGUCGCACGACGAGAAUCUGCCCGACUUUGUGCGCCCAGACCACUACAUUCGCUUCGACCAACACCGAGACCAACCCACAGGUCUUCGUCUCCCAGACGGCUCUCUGGUUCACUACGACAUGUUGAAAGAGGACGAAGUGUUUGUGGAGGAGUUGAAUCGGCGCGUAGCGCUCUUCGCCCCGCCUGCUGUCCGGCCCUCUCGGGACCUUUUCUCCCUCGGCGAAUCUGCGCCUGCAGACAGCGAGGCAGAGGGUGACCUCGGCCCGAAACCAGCUGCCGAGAAAGAAAAAAACGAGGCCGCGCGCGAGAAGGACGGCGAAGUGGCGAAGAGCGAAGAACCAAGCGGCACUGUCUCUUCGCUCGCCGAGGCCGCGGCGGGGGAGGCAGCGAGGGAGAAGCAGCCUGGGCGGCUCUUUGAGGACGCGAGAAGUGGGACGAAGCGGCGGCGCGAGGACGGCCGCGAAGACCUCAAAGGCGAACUUUUCCUCUCCGAAAUGGCCUUUGUGAAGAUGAUCGAUGCCUUCGAAAAGGACGUCCACGCCAAGGGAGGCAACGAGCAUGCACUUACACAAAGAGACGCCGUCAGAAUCGCCAGAGAAGACCUCAGACUCAAAAUUCACCCCGUUCUCGUCAAACAAGUCCUCAUGUACUGGCUCGAGAAACGACAGAAACUCGGGAAGCCCCUUCUCCGCCACUUCUGGCCUCCGUGCUCCCCGUCGGAUGUCUCCCCUUUGGCCGUUUUCCGCCCACGACAAGUCGGCCGGGAGAAGAUGACUCUCCGGAAGCAGAAACGCGUCGGGAAGGAUACGUUGCUGCGGGCCGAGCGUCUCCUCGAAGACAUCAAGGUCGUCGAGCGCCUUCUUCGCCGCAUGCGCAACCGCGACGAAAAAAAGGAACAACUUCUCGAGGUCCAGUUUAUGGCUUUCGACCAAAUGCGUUUCGAGAUUUCGGAUCCUCUGUAUCACCAUCCACUGUGGGAUUCCUUCCGGGAGAAGUUGAUCUCGAAGGGGGAGAGAGACAGGGGUCGCCGGCACGCGGGCGAGAAGCGACUCCAGUCUUCCAGAGUGUGCAAAGAGAGCUCGCGACCGCUGCGUUCGUCCUCUGGAGCUGAAGCAAACAGCCAACCCCCCACCAACGCCCAAACUGCGUCUUCGGCUCGGAGAAGAGAGCGGUCGGGCUCUGGAGCGCUCGGAGAUCCGGAAAAUGCGGAGAAGGAAGAGGGCCCGGAGGACCCGCGGAAGUCGAGGGGCGAGUCGGAGGACCAGGGCGACAAGGCGCGACCGCGGAGAGAAGAAGAGAGCGGGCGAGCCGAGAAGAAGAGAGAGUUGGAAGACGAAUUCAGUUUGCGCGAAGGCAGGCACCAAGUCGACGAGAUCCUGGGGGACGGGUCACCGCCCUGGGAAGCGUGGACCAGAGGAAAUCGCCACUUCAGGCCCUGCCUCUUCCCUCCGGCCUCGACUUUUGCGUACUUGUCUUUUCUCGCUUCUUCGUCGACUUCGCCACUUCCUCCGUCUCUCGUUCCGCCUCCGCCGCCGUUCUUGAACGACUCGUCUUUCUCGUCUUUCCCUUCCUGCCGCAUCGUGCGCCGCAGAGGCCGCGGCGGGCGCCUCUGGCUCGACCGGCUGCUGUGUCGACCGUCCGUCGCAGUUUCCCAGAACGCCUUCGUGCCUUCCUCACGCUUUGCUUCGCGCCUCCCUCACUCGUCGCUCCACCAGACGCGCGCGCUCUACGCCGGAGACAGUGCGGCGAAAGGCCCCGGGUGUACGUACACCGGGGGAUCCGGCAGAGAAGGCGGGCGGAGAGAAGACGAGGAGGGCGACGCGCCCGAGGGCCUCCUUUCUGCUCCAGCGGCUGAACAGGGCGACUUCGCUUCUUAUCCGAACGCUGGAAACAACCAAACGAGCGAGAGCGCGUCCGCCGGCCGGUGCGAAGAUGGCUCGGCGGGAAUCACGUCGCCGCAGUCGGGGGCCGGAGGCGAAGGGUCGGAAGAGAAGGGCGCGCAGGACGCGAGGCGAGAUGAGGCGAGCCUGUUGUCGAGGAAAGAAGAGGGGAAGAGACGAGUCAAGGAAGAGAAUGCAGCGUUCUCUUCGCAGUCGGGGACCCAACAGGAGAGUUCAGUCCCCAAACGCGAGGCGAGCGGCAGGAAGGCGACCGCGCUGCCUUUCCCUCACAGCAACCACGUAAACCUGUGGAAGAAAGACGCGGCAGCGAUGCAGAAACUCUUUGCGUCCUGGCCUCGCCAGCAGGGGCUGUAUAUUCAGCCGGUGCGAGACGACAAAGCUGUAGGAUCCGACCGCUAUUCGCCUCCCUUCGCCUGUGCAGACGGAGUCGAUGCGCCUGAAAACACAGAAGGGUUCCAUGUCUUUUCGCUGCAUCGCCAUCUCGCCCAACAGGAGCAGCUGGCCUCUGCGGCGGCGUCUUUUGCGGCCUCGUCGACGCUUGCGCCUCCACGGCGGUCGCCUGACGGCUUCGUGCGGCACCUGACGACUUCUGGGGCUUCUCCGACCCCCCUGGCCUCCCCUCGGAACGGCGUGCGGUCCGGCCUGGGCUUGGGCUUGCGACCUCAGGAGGGCCUCAAUGCUCGCCUGCUCCAGCAGGGCGUCCCGGGCGUUUUUGGAGCGCUCGGCGGCCAAGCGGGGCCUGCCGGCGUCCCCUCGAUUGCUCUGUCUCCCUAUUCCUCUCACCCUGCGUGCCCGCCUCACGGGGCACCUGGCCGCCUGCAUGCGCUCCCCGCGGGCGCCGUCGGCCCGGGGCUGAGCGACGCCGGCGCGUUGGGCGCCACGGGCAUAGGCCCAGGGGCCUUCGGGCUCCCGCAGGCCCACAUGUCUCUGGCGGCCGCGGCUCCGGGGGCGCAGGGCCCGGCCUUCUUUCCCCCGGCCUCGGGCAGCUUCCCGUCCUCGAGUCACCCCUUUGCGUCUUUCCCGCCGCAUGCCGGGCCUUCGCCCCACCUCGCGCAGGCUCCCGGGGCCCAGCCUGCGUCUCUGGCGGCGCAGUUCGCCUCGCGCGGGGUUGCAGGCCCGGCCGGCGUCGACUUCUCGGGCGCCUACGCGCUUCCGGGACCGGGAGGCCAGGCCUCUCUCAACACUUCGAUCCUUGCUUCCUCUGCGCAACCGUCCUUCUACUACAACCCCGCCACGGGUGUCUCCCUUGUCUCCUCCUACCAUCAGCCGCAUGCCUUUGCCCGCCUGGGGGCCCUCGGGCCCGUCCAGGGGCCCUACGCCCAGCAACCCGGGAGGCAGGGGCCUUCUACCUCUGACCAGGGGUCGCAGUUUUUCUACCCGCGGCAGAGUCCCCCCUCGCCCUCUUCUGGGCCAGCCGAGCCCAAGCCCGCGCCGGCUGGCGACUCCGGAGCCGCGCCCGGCGAGGGCGAAGACUCCAUGAGAAGCGUCUCCUAUCCGGGGUCUGCCUCCCAGGCCCCGGGCCCUGCCGGCUUCGCAGGCGGUCGGGGCCCCGCGGGAGGCGCGGCGCCUGCUUCGGGUUCGGGCUCCACCGCAACUUCAGCACUAGGAGGCAGUGGGCCCGCAGGGACUGAUAACGGAUUCUUCAGGCCUGGAGGCGAAAGCGGCGGUGCGGAGGCGGGCUCUGCAGGCGCCGGAAAUGCGGGCUCCGGAGGGGUGGCCCAGGGGAGCGCCUCGUCCGCGGCGACCGCGGGAGCAGGCUCAGGGGCGAGUGGGCCUUCGGCCGGCGGGUCCGGGCAUACGGCGGGCCAGCCUCCAGAGUACAGCCAAGUGUAUCGACAGCCCCAGUUCGUCAACCCAAUUCAACAAAGUGGGAUGGCUUACGCUGUCCCGGCGCAGUUCAUGGGAGCGGUGUCGCACCCCUCGCAGGGCGCCCCCGGGGGCGAUCAGGCUUCAGGGGCCGGUUUCCCUCCGUCGGGGGCCUUCUAUCCGCCAGCGCGAGGCCCGACUGGAGCCCAACGCGGUGGUGCGGGGCCUGCGGCCCGAACCGGGGCAGAGAGCGACCCUGCGACCGCCGUCGCGGCGCUCUGCCGGCGAAACAGUCACGCAAAUUUCAAAGGGUGGAUUCGCACCAACGUCCAGCCGUCGGCGAUGCCGAAUCCAGCGGGGAUGGCAGGCCCCGCGGGUCCGCCUUCGGGCGGGGGCGAGGCGCCGUCAGCGGCCUUUGGGGCUUACCCGAGUGGAACCCCUUCCGGGCCUUCCGCCUAUCCGUUCUCGUCGUCGCCCUACGGAGACUACAGCCGCAGGGCUCCAGACGUCGCUGUCUCAGCGUCGCCAUUCUCUGCGCCGGGAGGACUUGCGCAGGGACCCAGCGAUCCGCAGGCGCCUUUCUCCCAGGCCAGCACUCUUUCAAAUUCUCGAUCUGAUGUAAACUACAUGUACACUGGUGCGGCGGGAGGUAGUCCGGGCGCGCUUCACCCCUCGUCAUUUUCCUCGACAGUCCCCGCGUUUUCUUCCUUCUCUUUUCCUUCCUUCUCGCCCUCGGGAUCUCCUCAACCUGGGUACGGACCCCCCGGGAGCGCGCCCGCGAACCCCGAUGCAGCCGCUGCGGCGCUCGAUGGCGCGGGCUCCGCUGGGGUGUCUCCUUUCCUCGGCCAGAAAGAGGGGACAGGAGACAGGCCCGCAGACGGCGCGAGUGUGCCGAAGGCCCACAGCGCGAAGGGCGACACCACCGGGCGAAAGAACGGAGACGAGAAGGGAGAGAUGUCUGGGGAAAAGCAGGCAGGGGAGAAGCACGCCUUCCACUCGCAAGAGCGAGGCGAGCGAGGCCGAUUUGUCUCCUACCCUGGGUCUGAGGUGGUCCACAAAGAUGCCGGAGGUCUCUAG